UACUCCAUACCAUAGCGACCAAUGAGUCGGAGAAAAACGAGAACUUGGAGUUCGACUGACCCUAUCAUUGAACCUAUCAUUGAAAUAAAAUCGACCAAAAGGUCGUCUUUUUCUUCUAGUGUAACACAAAAUUGGGACUACAAAAUUAUGCCAGGAGCCGAAGAUGUUAAUAUAUAAUUGUUGCUCCCGUUUGUCAAGUCACAAUCAACUCUUUCUUCUCGGCUCGCGUAGUCUUCCGACGACAUUCUUCCACUUCUCCUCUACCCUGUCAAUAUCAUCAUCCACUUCGUCCCUUGCUGUUAAGAUGAAGUCGGAGUCCAAGUCGCCGCCGGUAGCCAAGAAGGUGGAGCAUGUCAUGGAGUUGUUCGAUGACGUUAGAGUUGACCACCAUUACUGGCUCCGCGAUGAUUCUCGCUCCAAUCCUGAGAUCCUUUCCUAUCUCCACGACGAGAAUGCCUACACUGACUUUGUUAUGUCUGGGACCAAAGAAUUUGAGCAGCAGCUUUUUGCUGAAAUAAGAGGUCGAAUCAAGGAGGACGACAUUUCUGCUCCAAGAAGACAAGGGCCUUACUACUACUAUACAAAGACUUUGGAGGGCAAGGAGUAUGUUCAGCAUUGCCGCCGCUAUAUAUCCAAUAAUGAAACGCCACCUUCAGUCCACGAUGUCAUGCAAACCGGACCUAAUGAUCCUCCUGAGCAUCUUAUUCUGGAUGAGAAUGCUAAGGCUGAAGGCCACGAUUAUUACAGUGUUGAUGCUUUCGAGGUUAGUCCAAAUCAUAAACUGGUCGCAUAUGCAGAGGAUACCAAGGGAAAUGAAAUUUACACUGUUCAUAUCAUUGAUGUUGAGACUGGAGCCCCUAUUGAGAAGCCUUUGACUGGUACAACGUCUUCUCUUCAGUGGGCUGGUAACGAUUUUUUGGUUUACACCACAAUGGAUCACAUACAUCGCUCUGAUAAGGUGUGGUUACACAAGUUGGGGACACAUCAAUCAAGUGACUCAUGCCUUUAUCACGAGAAGGAUGACAAAUUUACUGUGCAUAUUGAAGCUUCAGAGAGUGAAAAGUAUCUUUUUGUUGUAUCUGGCAGCAAAAAUACUAGGUUUGCUUUCUAUAUUGAUGUUACCAAGGCUGAAGAAGGUGUGAAGCCUUUGACACCUCGUGUCGAUGGCAUUAGUACAUUAGUCAGCCAUCGUGGAAAUCAUUUCUAUAUUCGUAGGAGAACUAAUGAGUUUUUCAAUUCUGAGCUACUAGCCUGUCCAUUGCAUAACAUUUCUGCAACUACAGUUCUUAUUCCUCAUAGGGAAAGCGUAAAAAUUUGGGAUGUACAACUCUUUGCUGAUCAUCUAGUUGUAUAUGAGCGAGAGAAUGGUCUACCCAAAAUAACGGCAUAUAAACUUCCAGAUGUCAAUGAGCCACUUACAAGCCUAAAGGAUGGUCGGGCUGUUGAUUUUAUUGACCCUGUAUACUCUGUGGAUUCAAAACCAUCAGAGUUUUCUUCCAGCAUUUUGAGGUUUUCAUAUAGCUCAUUGCGGACACCUCCCUCUGUUUACGAAUAUGAUAUGAACAUAGGCAUUUGUGUUCUGAAGAAGAUUGAGACAAUCUUGGGAGGUUUUGAUUCUUCUAAUUAUGUUGCUGAAAGGAAAUGGGCCACGGCUUCAGACGGUACCCAGAUUCCUAUAUCAGUUGGUUAUAGGAAGGAUCUUGUGAAAAUUGAUGGCUCUCAUCCAUUACUGCUUUAUGGCUAUGGUUCAUAUGAGAUAUGCAUAGAUACCAAAUUUAAGGCGUCAAGGCUGUCUUUAUUGGAUCGCGGUUUCAUCUUUGCAAUCGCUCACGUUCGUGGUGGUGGUGAAAUGGGAAGACAGUGGUAUGAGAAUGGGAAGUUUUUGAAGAAAAAAAAUACUUUCACAGAUUUUAUUACUUGUGCAGAGUAUUUAAUAGGAGAAAAAUACUGUUCCAAGGAAAAAUUAUGCAUUGAAGGAAGGAGCGCAGGGGGAUUGCUUAUUGGUUCUGUUCUUAAUAUGAAGCCUGAUCAGUUCAAGGCUGCCAUAGCUGGAGUGCCUUUUGUGGAUGUUCUGACCACUAUGCUUGAUCCAAGUAUUCCUCUUACAACUGAAGAGUGGGAGGAAUGGGGAGACCCUCGGGUGGAGGAGUUCUAUUACUAUAUGAAAUCAUAUUCCCCUGUUGAUAAUGUUAAGCCUCAAAACUAUCCUAACAUCCUUGUUACAGCUGGCUUACAUGAUCCACGAGUUAUGUAUUCAGAACCUGCAAAAUUCGUGGCAAAACUGAGGGAUAUGAAAACCGAUGAUAAUCUGCUGCUGUUCAAAUGUGAACUCGGUGCUGGGCAUUUUUCAAAGUCAGGAAGAUUUGAGAGGCUUCAAGAAGAUGCAUUCAUAUAUACUUUUCUUAUGAAGGUUCUAAAUAUGAUUCCUGACUCUGGUUCUGACCAGAGCUGAUGAACUUGUUGUGGCGAGCAAUGCAAAUUUAUGGCGCCCAUCUUUGCAGGCAAACAGCGCACCCACUAUUGUGGUUCUGCUCUAGAACAUUGGAUUUUGGGGUGUACUGAGAUGUAAAGAAACAUUUAAAGAUACAAUUUGCAUUUUUUUUUUUUCUUUUUAUUGGGCAUUAGAUGGUAUGAUUUUCCCCUUUUAUGCAUAUUUGCAUGGGAGUUAAUAGCAAUUGGAAUUGAAAAAGAUACAGUAAGUUUUUCUUUACUCUAA